CCCGACGAAGCCCCCCGCCCCCCAAACCCAACCCCACGCUCACGGGCAGACGCCCCUCCGUCCACGGCAGGGGCUCGGUGUGGUCACCAGGCCCCGCCCCCGCGGGCAGCCCCCCUUGGCCGCGCCCGGCUGGCGGGGGGGGGCGGCGGAGCCGGGCACGUGGCUCGGGUCCGGACCCCCCCACGCCGCGCGCGGCCGCGGGGACAGAGGGGCGGGGCGCGCGGGGAGGGGGUCGCGCGGAGGCGGUGGCCGGCCAGCCGGCGGGCGGGGGUCGGCGGGCUUCCGGGCGGCGGCGGCGGGCGCGAUGUGCGAGCGGGCGGCGCGCCUGUGCAGGGCCGGCGCGCACAGGCUGCUCCGGGAGCCGCCGCCGCAGGGCCGGGCGCUGGGCGGGCUGCUGCGCUGGGUGGGCGCCAGGAUGGGCGAGCCCCGGGCGCCGCUGGUCCCCGACGCCCCCGCCGGCCCCGCCGCGGACCCCGGCCCCGCCGCGCUGCGCGGGGGCACCGCCGUCAUCCUGGACAUCUUCCGCCGCGCGGACAAAAACGAUGAUGGGAAGCUGUCGCUGGAGGAGUUUCAGCUGUUCUUCGCGGACGGCGUCCUCAAUGAACAGGAGCUGGAGUCGCUGUUCCACACCAUCGACGCCGACAGCACCAACCACGUGGACACCAAGGAGCUGUGCGAUUACUUUGUGGACCACAUGGGGGACUAUGAGGAUGUGCUGGCCUCCUUGGAAACGCUGAAUCACUCGGUGCUGAAGGCCAUGGGCUACACCAAGAAGGUAUACGAGGGCGGGAGCAACGUGGACCAGUUCGUGACCCGCUUCCUCCUGAAGGAGACAGCCAGUCAGAUCCAGUCACUGCUGAGCUCUGUGGAGAGCGCCGUGGAGGCCAUUGAGGAGCAGACCAGCCAGAUCCGACAGAACCACAGCCAGUCCAGCCGCGGUACAGGAGAGACCUGGUACCGAAGCCCCUCUCCGCCUUAUGCCCCCAACCACAAGCUUGUGGCUGCGGACCCAGCCAGGAGCCUCCCCUCUGCCCCCCAGGACCUCAAGGAGCAGGGCCUGCAGGCCCAGGUCACCCGGUUGGCAGAACUGAUCGGGAGGUUGGAAAGCAAGACGCUGUGGUUCGACCUGCAGCAGCGCCUCUCGGAUGACGAAGGCACCAACAUGCACCUGCAGCUGGUCCGGCAGGAGAUGGCUGUGUGCCCAGAGCAGCUGAGCGACUUCAUGGAUGCCCUGCGCCAGUACCUGCGGGGCACGGCGGGAGCGCAGAACUGCUUCCACAUUGCUGCCGUGAGGCUGUCGGAUGGUGUCACCUUUGUUAUCUACGAGUUCUGGGAGACGGAGGAGAAGUGGAAGAGGCACCUGCAGAGCCCUGAGUGCAAGGCGUUCCGGCAUGUUAAGGUAGACACGCUGAGCCAGCCCGAGGCCCUCUCCAGGAUCGCUGUGCCAGCUGCCUGGUGUAGCGUGGGCCGGGACUGACCCUCCGAGGCCUGCAGUUGAGGAGCCUGCGGUCCA